GACGGGUACGGGAAUCAAAUAACAGGGAGACGUCAGAUGGCUGCGCAAAUACUUGGAAUUCCGGUUCCGUCGUUGUCUAUUCCGUAAACUUUGACAAGCAGAAAGUUGUGUUUCUAUGAUAGGCUACAACAGUCUCAAUAGCRUGAAWWRCCAGUAAUAAACUGGAAAUGGCUUCUUCGCCACAGAAAUCACCUUCUUCUCCCAAAUCRCCGACUCCAAAAUCACCACCUUCAAGAAAAAAAGAUGACUCUUUCCUCGGAAAACUUGGGGGAACUUUGGCCAGAAGAAAAAAGGCAAAAGAAGUGUCUGAGCUCCAGGAGGAGGGCAUGAAUGCCAUCAACCUGCCACUCAGCCCCAUCCCCUUUGAGCUGGACCCAGAGGACACCAUGCUGGGUACUCAUAGACUGGAUKAAUGAUGUGCUGGUGGGGGAGAGAAUCAUUGUCAAAGACCUGGCUGAGGACCUCUACGAUGGGCAGGUUCUCCAGAAACUAUUUGAGAAGCUGGAGGGUGAGAGGCUGAAUGUGGCUGAGGUGACCCAGUCUGAGAUAGCCCAGAAGCAGAAGCUGCAGACAGUUCUGGAGAAGAUCAACGACACUCUGAAGGUCUCAAUCAGAAACAUCAAAUGGACCAUUGACUCUGUCCAUGCUAAAAGCAUCGUGGCCAUUCUCCAUUUAUUGGUGGCUCUGUCUCAGCACUGCCGCGCCCCCAUCCGCCUACCUGAUCAUGUGUCCAUUCAAGUUGUGGUUGUACAGAAACGGGAGGGGAUCCUGCAGUCUCGCCAGGUUCAGGAAGAGAUCACAGGGAACACGGAGGCUCUAUCAGGAAGACAUGAGCGAGAUGCGUUUGACACCUUGUUUGACCAUGCACCAGACAAGCUGAAUGUGGUGAAAAAGACUCUGAUCACCUUUGUGAACAAGCACUUGAACAAGUUGAACCUGGAGGUGUCUGAAUUGGACACACAGUUUGCUGAUGGUGUGUACCUGGUGUUYCUGAUGGGACUGCUUGAGGGCUACUUUGUUCCUCUCUUCAACUUCUUCCUAACGCCAGAGCAUUUUGACCAAAAGGUGCACAAUGUGGCUUUCUCCUUUGAACUGAUGCAAGAUGGCGGCCUGGAGAAACCCAAGCCACGAGCAGAGGAUAUUGUGAACUGUGACCUGAAGUCUACUCUGAGGGUGCUCUACAACCUCUUCACCAAAUACAGAAAUGUGGAAUAAAGAUGGGAACUUCACCGUUCAUUCAGUUAUAUCGACGUAUCUAUCAAGCAAAUGCCCUGUUUAGAUCUAUAUUUCAGGGCAAACACGAUGCAUCUAAUAGGGAGAGCACACCUGUGUUAGCUGUGUCCUGCUGAAGGCUCACUAAAACACCAGUACAGCACAGUAUGUUGUAAAGUAUUUGYAUAUGAAAAGACAGAUAUAUUUCAGUAUUAUUGAAYGUUAACUUAAUGAAUUAUUGAUUAUGCCGUCGUAUUGUUGAGUCAUUGCCAUGUUGAAUUGUUCUUGACCAUGUCAUUCCGGGCCGACACCGUUUGAAGUCUACUUGGAUUCACUUGCAACUACAUGAAGGAUCAGAAUACUGAUGUAUGGAAUGUAUGACAGCUGGGUUUGUYCUUAUCAAAGUAUUUACUUCCAUCUUUUGAAAGAAGUCAGAAGUUUUGAAUUGGCUCAGAAUGUUUUUGAUUUUUGUGCUUAAAGCAGUGGGACCACAUAGAGUACGCACUAUUAAUUUAUAUACUGUCACGCUGCUAAUUUAUAUACUGUCACGCUGCAUAUCUUUACCUUUGUAUGGUUUAGGUCUAAUAUGAUAUAUUUUAAUACUGGUCAUUGUGCUUUAAAAAUAGUCUACCUUUAGUGACAUUGGCUCAUCAUUUACCAAAGAUAGUAUUUUAGAUAAAUUAUAUGAAGCUGUUAGUCUUAAAAAUAUUUUGUACUUAUCCAAAGCAUGAUGUAUGGCUAAUUUUGACUAUUUGUUUAUAAUCUAUUCAUAAAAAAAGGUUUGCAAAGUAAUGUUCCAGAGCAGUGUUUACUAAAACUACAGAACAGCAAAACC